AUGCCAACUCCUCGGUUAGAAUAUGCUUUCACCCUUCACAUCGACCUAGGUCCCGCCAUUGACUACGGAUGUGCCGCCGAAGGUGGUACGAUGAUUGGCAUCUGCAACGAAGGAUACGGUCGGGCCAACCAAGAAACCAUCAGAGCUGUCUUUGAGGACCCGAAUCUGCCCCAGGCAUCCAUGGCCAACGGCGGCUCGGACUGGUAUGCACGCACUAUUCCGCAAUUCGAAGUGGCCAACGACAACAAGAACUCCAGUGGCUGA